AUGAAGAUUUCCAGUCUUAUCGGGCUAGCCACCGCGGCUGCGGCAGUUUCUGUUCCGCGCUCCAAGCAUUCUUCUCCCACCGCACUCAACAAUGUGACCAUUUUCUCCCCGCCCUCCGACUACAUCGUCCCAAGGACCUUGUACCCUCGGAAUGAACAGCUCCCCAAUGGUGACAUUCUAGCAACCUGGGAAAACUAUUCGCCAGAGCCCCCACAGGUCUACUUCCCCAUCUACCGCUCCAAGGAUCACGGCAAGACUUGGAAGGAGAUCUCCAAGGUCCACGAUACCGCCAACGGGUACGGACUGCGCUAUCAGCCAUUCCUCUACUAUCUCCCCGAGCGUGUCGGGUCAUUCAAGAAGGGGACCUUGUUGUUGGCUGGUAGCAGUAUUCCAACCGAUCUCUCUUCCACGAACAUUGAUCUCUACGCAUCAACCAAUGAUGGCAAGUCUUGGAAAUUCGUCAGCCACAUCGCCGCCGGCGGAAGAGCAGAGCCCAUCAAUGGACUCACCCCCGUCUGGGAGCCUUUCUUGCUUGCUCACAAGGGAAAGCUCAUCUGCUACUACUCUGAUCAGAGAGACAAUGCCACCUACGGACAGACUAUGAUUCACCAGACCUCUUCUGAUCUGAAGAACUGGGGAGAGAUCGUAGAGGACGUCACAUACCCCACCUACACUGACCGACCCGGCAUGCCGGUGGUGACCAAGCUCCCUAACGGCAAAUACUUCUACAUCUACGAAUAUGGUUCUUUCUUCGGAACCUCGACCUACUCGUUCCCUCUUUACUACCGAAUCACAUCCGAUCCCGAGAAGGUCGCCGAAGCUCCCCACCAGCGCCUGGUGGUAUCAAGCGGAACUAAGCCCACUUCCUCUCCCUAUGUUGUGUGGACACCAUACGGUGGCAAGAACGGUACAAUCAUCGCAAGCUCCGGGACUCAGAGCACCCUUUUCAUCAACAAGGCUCUUGGUGAGGGUGAAUGGACUGAGAUUCCAUCUCCCGAGGAGCACGGUUACACCCGCGCUCUGAGGGUGUUGUCGGAGGAUGGCGGCCGCUAUCUGAUGGUUCACUCUGCUGGUGUGUUGCUAGGAACCAACAACCGUGUGUCGGCUAGUGUGAUGGACUUGAAGGAUGUAUUGUAA